GAGUAGGAGGAGAGGGAGACCGACCGACUGGGAGUAGACGGGGAGGGAGUAGAGGAGGGAGAGGCGCUCGGGCACGAAGGAAGUUUGCGAGCGACUCUUGGAGAGCGAAGAACAAAGGCUCGAGAGGUCGGGCUCCCGGUUCGACACCGCGCUCCCGUCAGGAGUUUGCUGCUGCCGCUGCUGCCUUUGUGCGCGGAGCUCCCGAAGAGGGCGGCGGUGGUGGUGGUGCAGUCGGCGAGGGAGGGGCGGUGGAGACACUUGCCUACUGCGGGCGGUCAGGGAGGAGGCGAGAGGGCACGAGGGGCGAGAGGAUCGUUUAGGGGAGGCGGAGGAGGCGAGAGUAGGGGAGAGUAGGGGAGAGGACACGACGCAGACGAAGAGAUAAUAAAGAGAAGGGACCACGAGAGGAGAAAAGUUCAGAGGAAGAGAGUCGAGGCUAAGAAAGAGUGAGGCGAGUAUUUGGGGGAGUGGAAGAAGAAGAGGAGGAGGAAGAGGAGGAGGAGAGGGGAAAGAGGGCAACAGGGGAGCGAGCGAGAAGAACCGCAGAGGCAGCGCCAUGGGUGCGGCCGGGCCCCGCACCUGGGUGCUCCCCCCGCUCCCCCGGCUCCCCCGCCUGCUGCUGCUGCUGCUCCUCCUCGGGGCCGCGGCGGCGGCGGCGGCGUCGUCUCUGCGGGAGCCCGCGGCGUGCCCGGCGCGUAGCUUCGCCCUGGACGGCAGCUGCCGGCCCUGCCACUCUUCGUGCGCCGAGUGCGAUGGCAGCGAGAACUUCAACUGCACGGCGUGCCUCGUCGAUCGUGCCGGCAAGCACCGCUUCCUGCACAAGCGGCACUGCCGCGUUGCCUGCCCACUCGGUUUCUUCGCCGAGUGGAGCUCCCACCGGUGCCAGGACUGCGCCGACAACUGCCAGGUGUGCUCGUCACAAGACUCCUGCACGCGGUGCCAGGCGCGGUACCACGUGGUGAGAGGCGCCUGCGAGGAGGUGCAGACAUGCGAAGCCGGCCAGGUGCUCGACCCCGACACGGACGACUGCAUCGACUGCGGUCUUGGCUGCGCCGGCUGCGCUCCGUCCGACCCCGAGAAGUGUGACCAAUGCUUGCCGGGCUACUUCCUGCUGCGAGCGCGGUGCCACCGCACGUGCCCGCAGGAGAUGUACGGGGACCUCCACACGGGGCAGUGCGCCAACUGCGGCAGCUCCUGCCUGGAAUGCGUCGACGCGGAAACGUGCCGCACCUGCCCCCACGGCCACCUGCACCUGCGUGAACACUGCGUGACGAGGUGCCCCCCGAAGAUGUUCGUGAACGGCAGCGCGCGCCGCUGUGAGGCGUGCCACGAGUCGUGCGAGAGCUGCUCUGGCCCCAGCGCCGAGGAGUGCGAAUCUUGCCCACGGGGCAGCGUCCUGGACGCCGGGCUCUGUCAGCACCUCGAGGAGUGCACCGCCGGGGAGUUCAGUGACAGCUCCACCGGGUGCCACCAGUGCAGUCCGCUCUGCGCCGAGUGCUUUGGGCCUGCCCAGGAGCAGUGCACGUCCUGUGCGGAGGGGAGGUUCCUGGACGAGCAGACGACAUGCGUGUCCUCGUGUCCCGAGGGCUUCGUGGGGAGCGAGGACACACGCGAGUGCGAGGAGUGCCCCGAGGGCUGCCGCCAGUGCGUGGCGGACGGGGCGGCGGCGGCGGGGGGGAGCGAGGGGCUGACGUGCGAGGCCUGCUGGCAGCCUGAAGACGCUGCGAUCGCCUACUACCUCCACCUGGGCAGCUGCAUCGCAGAGUGCCCCGAGCACUACUUCGAGUCUCCGGAGGAGGGGGCGUGCGUGCCGUGCGACGCCGCGUGCGCCACGUGCGAGGGGGAGGCCACCGCGUGCGUGACGUGCGCCGGCGGCCUGCUGCUCGACGGAGGCGUGUGCCGCCAGGGCUGCCGGGAGCGCUACUUCGCCGACGCAAACCGCGAGUGCCAGCACUGCCCACAGCACUGCGAGGCCUGCACCAACGCGACAGCCUGCGCCAAGUGCAGCUACCUGUACUCUCUGCUGGGGGGCAAGUGCUACGUGGUGUGCCCCGACGGGUACUACGAGGGCGUCGAUGAGGGCCGCUGCCUGCGCUGCCAGGAGAGCUGCGCCACCUGCUCGGGUCCCGGCGAGGACGACUGCGAGCGCUGCCCGCCGGGCCGGCCGCGCCUCUACGAGGGCCGCUGCUCCGAGGAGUGCCCGCGGCACACCUUCUACGACGCCGGCACGGGGGACUGCCAGGACUGCGACCAAUCGUGCGAGAGUUGCACGGGACCCACGGCCGCGGAGUGCGCCACGUGCGCCUCCGACGGCGGGGAGCCCGACCCGGACACCGGCCUGUGCUCCGCGGAGGAGGAGGAGGAUCCCGCGCCCGCCACGCCGGCCCCCCCCGCGUGCCCGCCCGGCUCCUACCGCCGGGGGGACGAUGGCUCCUGCGUCACAUGCGACGGGACGUGCGCGGCGUGCCGGGGCCCGUCGGACCACGACUGCCGGUCCUGCGCUCGAGGGGCCUUCCUUUACAACGGCACGUGCCUGUCGUCGUGCCCCGACGGGCACCACCCUGCCAGGGAAGAUGGCUCCUGCGUGCGGUGCCACCCAGCUUGCGCCACCUGCAGGGGAGCGUCCGCCGCGGACUGCACGGCGUGCGUCAGCAGCGCCUACCGCCUCAACAACGGCCACUGCGACUUCUCCUGCCCGCCCAGGCAUUACGGCGACGAGGAGGCCUCGGCCUGCGUGCCGUGCCACGCCUCGUGCGGCGACUGCUCCGGCCCAUCCCCCGCCGACUGCCUGAGCUGCCCCCGGGGCUCCGUGAUGCUGGCCGACGAGCGCCGCUGUGUGGAAGGCGGCUGCCCCACGUACGGCUACUUCCCGGGGCACGACGACACCUGCUUCACCUGCCACCGCAGCUGCCGCUCCUGCAGUGGAGGCGGCGCAAAGGACUGCCUCACCUGUGAGUGGGGUGCCGAGCUCCAGGACGGCAUCUGCUACCCGGCGUGCUCGGAGAACAACUUCUUCACUGAGAAGGGUGCGUGCAAGCCGUGCGACGAAUCGUGCCUGCGCUGCACGGGCCCCGUGGGCCACGACUGCCUGGAGUGCCACCCUCACCUGGCCCUCAACGUGAGCGAGCGCCGCUGCCUGCCCUGCUGCCUCCAGGGCGGCAACGACGGCGCCGAGUGCUGUUUCUGCCGCGAGGGAACGAGCAAGUGCGUGCCCCCGCCCCCCGUGAGCGCGGGACGUCAGGUGGGGGCGCCGGACACGCAGCCGUCGGGGGAAGCCUCCUUGGGCCGGAAGAGCCACGCGGCACUGACGGCGCUGCUGGUGCUCUCGCUGAUGGCCGUGGGCGCCGGCGCGGCGCUGCUGCUGCGGGCUCGCGCGCACCGCAAGCUGUGCUGGUCCCGCACCAGCUACGAGAAGCUGGGCGGCAGCAGCGGCGGCGGGGGUGGCACGGCGAUCGCCACGACCACCACCAAGCCCUUCCACGACGCGGAGCGCGACGGCGUGCGCCUGCGCGCGGAGCGCGGCGAGGGCCGCUACGAGCACAGUCGCUUCCACGACGACCCCGCCGAGAGCGGCGACGACGACGACGACGUCGUGUAUACGAGCGGCGACGGCACGGUGUACCGCCGCUACGACCACGGCAAGCACCUGCCCUCGUCCUCCGACAGCGAGCCCGAGGACGGCGCCGCCGGCGCCGGUGGCGACGGUCGGCUAUUCGCGUAGGGUCGCUCGCUCCGGACCCCGCCGGGAGGGGGGGGGUUCGGUUGCGGGGCGGCGGGGUCCGGCACGGAGAGGAUCAUCGAAAUGGUGUCGGGGCAUGGCAGGAGGCGCCCGAAGCUGGGAACGCGCGGACCGUGCAACGGCAACGUCGAGAUUUGCGAUCCUCGCGUUGCCGAGGGACGCAAGGACGUUGGAGAGUGAAGUGGGGGGGGGGGGACGUGCCAGCACGUGGGCGUCAAGGCCGCGGCUCGUCGUCGGAGAUCUCGAGUCCUCGGGGUUCCCGGUCACCGCUACGAAUGUCACGAGCGUGGCGCGAGCACGCCGCUCGCCGCCUCCAACGCUCGCUCGACCGCCAAGCGCACUCCCGCGUCCCCGUGCGGUGCUGAUUGUGAAAAUCACUUUACUUGUUUUUAGUUUAUGCGUUUUUAUUGAGGCUGUUGGGGAUAAGGUUGGGUUUUUUUAAAACUGCAAUAGAGGUGGAAUCUACUGUAUAAAAUGGUUUUAAGGAAUGUUGAUAAGAUUAAACUAAACGCAUUUCGUCAUGAUUUAGAUUAGUCGUCCGAUGGCGCGCAUGUUCCCCUGGUGUUGGUGGAACCUCCAACACCACAUACCCCAGCCCUGCAGCGUGAUCUUGCCUCACGGUGGGGGCACACGAAAACUCGGGGCGGGGGCAGGGGGGGACAUGAUACAGAGAAUGUUCAAUAAACUUUAAACAAACGUGAACGCUAAACAGAAUGCGCAAAGUUGCGACCAGCUUGUGUCUCUUGCAUGCUGCCCUCCGCUCUCACCCCCUGUGUGCGUAAUGAAGACUGGAGUCAAACUGGAAGUGGUGUCAAAUAUAGCAAUUGUCUUUACUUGCUGUGGGCUCGAUUCCACCCU